AGAGAGACAGAGAGAGAGAGAGAGAGGGAGAAAAUAAUUAAAUAAAUCGCCGGGAGAAGAAGAGAGGCAUCGGGGAGAGAGAGGAGGGGAUGUAGCUACGUUUUCUUCCCGACCCAACGUACACACCAGCCAGGAUAAUGUGCUGAAGGAGCCAGAAAGAAAAGGAGGAAGGACACCGAAUCGAUCUACCGCCGCGGGGCCAGAAGAUGGAGGAAGCUCUACCGAGUAAACGGACACCUCUUCCAGGCCAAGCGCUUUAACAGGAAAGCGUACUGUGGCCACUGCAGUGAAAGGAUAUGGGGGCUGGGGAGGCAGGGCUACAAGUGUAUCAACUGCAAACUGCUGGUCCAUAAGCGCUGUCACAAACUCGUCCCUCUGACCUGCCAAAGGCAUAUGGAUCCAGUCAUGCCAUCACAGGAGCCCCCUUUAGAUGAGAAGAAUGAAGAGGUGGACCUCCCCCCUGAACACACAGAGGAUACAGAUGGAAUAACUUUCCUACCACACAGUCGCAAAGUGGACAAAGUGGAAGAGGACUCGAAGGACAUCAAAGAGGUGGUGGGCAGGAUCGGCGGUAUCAAGAUCUCCCAGGAGAUGGCGCUGGGCCUGGGGGACUUUGACCUGAUCCGGGUGAUCGGCCGCGGCAGCUACGCCAAGGUGCUGCUGGUGCGACUCAAGAAGAAUGAACAGAUUUACGCCAUGAAGGUGGUCAAGAAGGAACUGGUGCACGACGACGAGGACAUCGACUGGGUGCAGACAGAGAAGCAUGUGUUUGAGCAGGCGUCUACCAAUCCGUUUUUAGUGGGCCUUCACUCCUGUUUUCAGACAGAGAGCCGGUUAUUUCUCGUGAUCGAGUACGUCAACGGAGGGGAUCUGAUGAUUCAUAUGCAACGGCAACGGAAACUACCAGAAGAACACGCGAGAUUCUAUGCUGCUGAAAUUUGUAUCGCUCUGAAUUUCCUGCACGAAAAGGGAAUCAUCUACCGAGAUUUGAAACUGGACAACGUCCUCUUGGAUCACGAGGGACACAUCAAGCUCACAGACUACGGGAUGUGCAAGGAGGGUAUCAGACCUGGAGACACCACCAGUACAUUCUGUGGAACCCCCAACUACAUCGGCCCUGAGAUCCUCAGAGGGGAAGACUAUGGGUUCAGUGUUGACUGGUGGGCGUUAGGUGUGCUUAUGUUUGAGAUGAUGGCCGGGAGGUCCCCUUUCGACAUCAUCACCGACAAUCCUGACAUGAAUACAGAGGAGUACCUCUUCCAAGUUAUUCUGGAAAAAACUAUUCGCAUCCCAAGGUCCCUGUCGGUAAAGGCUGCCAGCGUGCUGAAGGGCUUUUUAAACAAGGACCCCAAAGAGCGUCUGGGUUGCCAGGUCCAAACGGGCUUCGCUGACAUCAAGUCGCACACGUUUUUCCGCAACAUAGACUGGGACCAGCUGGAGAAGAAACAGAUGGCCCCGCCUUUCAAGCCCCAGAUCACAGAUGACUACGGCCUAGAGAACUUUGACACCCAGUUCACCAACGAACCAGUGCAGCUGACGCCGGACGACGAGGACAUCAUCAAGAGAAUAGACCAGUCUGAGUUUGAGGGAUUUGAAUACAUCAACCCCCUGCUGCUAUCCACGGAGGAGUCUGUAUGAGGGGGAGGAGACCUCCUUUUCUUCUCCCACCUGUGUCUGUCUACUGCCCCGUCCACCCCCACCCCUCUCUCAGCCAAAUCAAU